UCAUGGACGGGCGAAACCGACGGCGUCAAUUUGGCGGCCCAUGCCACUGUCUCCGGCCACUGAUACGGCUGUGGGGCGUCGUGACAGCGAUCGUGGUCAGUGGCGUCGGGAUAGACAUCAUGGUGCAUGGUUACACUGCAGGUGUUUAUAUUAUUGUUGCUUCCAUAGUGAUAUUCUUGCUGGAAAUCAAAUGGCUCUUCACACUGUUCAUAGUGCUGUGUACAAACAAUGAUUACACGUCCCGGUGCUACCAGUGUUGGAGCGUGUGCCGGUACUGUGGCGGUUGGCAUCUGACCUUUCCGUACGUGGCCUUAGGUAUAGCGCUGCUCGUGUGGCCCCAUCGGCUGUGGUUGAGCCACGUGGCAGGAGGACUUUUGAUCGUGCUGGCCAUGCUGCGGUUGCUAACGGUGUGCAAGUUCCGACCGCACGGCAAGGAUGACGAGCUGCUGAACCACUUUGAUGAGCACGCUGACAAGUACGACAACCUAUCGGAUGUUUUGGUGGAUAAUUCAAUGCCCGAACCGGGUCACAGUUUGGAGGGUAAUGGACACGCGACCACCGGUGGCAAUGAGGACGAGGAGGAUGACGAUGAGCUGGCAAUGAAUGGGGGCGGCAUGUGACCGGACGGGCCGACGCGCCCAAAGCCCAAAGCAACCAUCAAGAAGUGUAUGAAUCAAAAUUACGAAAAGUUGGAUAACGAAUGUGACUGCGAUGUAAUCAAAUAGGACACAACGGCUCUAU